CGUUAUCUUCGAGAACACCUGUGACACCUCUGACGAAGGCAGAAGUAGCACUUCAAACCACGUCAGCGUCUGCCAAAAAUGUUAUGGAAGCCUUGUCCUCAGACUUGAAGAACGGAAGCUCUGAUGCCCGAGACAUUGUUCGAAAAACUGGGAGACUAGAACAAAUCCUAGAAAAAACUGACGUGAAUGAAACUACAUACCUAUCAAGUGACAGUGUCAAAGCCCUUCUUUAUAAAUCCACAGAUGACUUCAAAAGUCUUGAAAUUCAAGCAAAUAACACAGAGGCCAAGGUAAAUGCCUCUGUGUCCAACAUUAAAAUGAAGAUUUGCAUACCGAGAGAGUUCAACCUUCAGAAGAAUGAUAGAGUUGUUUUCUCCAUGAUUAAAAUGCCAAAAAAUACUGCUGAACUACUUACAUCUAAUGGCUUUUUUGGACAAACUUCAGAAGCAAACUAUUCACUGUAUGAUGAUCUGCUGGUUGGCCUGAGUGUGGCUGGCAAGAAAUUUUCAGGCCUUCAACAUCGAGUCAACAUCAGCAUAUAUCUUACAACAAGCCUGAUGAAAUCCCAAAAACCCACAUGUGUGUUCCUAAAUACUACAAACAAUUUAACAAAGUUUAGCACUGAUGGCUGUGAGACAUUCUGGGGCUUUGAUAAGCCGUACAUCACUUGUUCCUGUGACCAUCUCACAUACUUUGCAGUACUCAUGGUGUCCGCAGACCUCUCACCCAAAGAUGCUGAGAUAUUGUUGUACAUCACCUACAUCGGCUGUGGUAUCUCUCUGUUUGCUCUGGUCGUCACUGUUGGUCUCUUCAUCACAACCAGAAAACUCAGAGGAGAUGAUUCCAAGAAGAUCCACAUCAGCCUGGCAGUCGCUCUGAUCCUCCUCAACGUUCACUUCCUCUCCAGCCAGGCGGCGGCAGCAUCGUCCUCCACUGAGCUUUGUCUCUAUGUGGCUCUUCUUCUUCACUAUUCCCUGCUGGCCUCUUUCACCUGGAUGGCCGUGGAGGGCUUCCACCUCUACCUUGUCUUGGUCAAAGUCUUCAACAUCUAUAUGAGGCGAUACUUGCUGAAACUCAGUGUGGUGGGAUGGGGUCUUCCGGCGAUCAUCGUGACAAUAAUGGUGAUCAUACGUAAAGACACCUACGGUCGUGCAUCCCUGGGCUUCUCUAACGUGAAUGAAACUGCAAUGUGA